AUGGAUGCAAAGCCGCAACGCCCUCUGCGGGCUCUCCGCAUACGCGACGAGAACGCGCAACCCCAGUUGCCCGCCGGCAAAACUCUGCACUCGCGCAACAAGUCAACACCAGCACUGUCGGCCAUGGCGCAAGUCGGAGGCGUCAAGGCGGCCGCAGCCAAGCGAACCGUCUUCGGUGACGUUAGCAACACUACGCGCCAGCCCGUAGCAAAGGAUGACACGCAGGUCAAUGGCAAGAAGAAGGGACUUGAGAUUUUGAAGGAUACCGCUGUAGUCUCUGUCAAGGACGUCACAAAGUCUAACGCGCUUUUGAAACCAGCGCAGCGUCCUAUGGCGAACAUCAUCUCCAAGGCGAACACAACAAUCGAGACCAGUGAGGUCGUGUCCUCGGUACCAAAGCACAUCACCGUCGACGCUAGCCUGCCCGCAGCCAAUGCCCGCAAAGUUCUCUCCAAGAAAUCCUCCACCGCCGUGUUCCAAGAGACCCAGUCAAAAACUGUCGAUACGGUAGUUGCGCCUGCAUCUUCGCGACAGGCCCUCCCUGGCCAGACCCAGCCAUCUUCAUUUCCCAAAAUGGACCGUGCCUCAGCACAGUCCCAAGAGUCCGUGACUAUCCCUGAAAAGGAGGACAAGGUCGAGUCGAAGAACGGGGCGCAGGACAGGCACGAGUAUCUCGAUGCUCUUGAAGAGCAGGCACGCGUUCUUGAAGAAGAGCGCAACGAGGAGCUCGCCAAAGCCAACGAUCUCACUGGCCAUGACCAAGACGAGUACUGGGACGAGGAGGAUGACGAGACCGAUACAUACUAUGAGACAGAAGGCUUCACCACCACCGGUCGGUCACGCGGCGACAACACAACUGGCGGCGUCAACCCCGUCCUUGCGCCGAGGGUCACCGCAAAGACACUACGCGAGCUGGAAGCUGCUAGGAUAUUUGUCGAGGCAAACCGCUCCGCUGAAGACAUUGAGGAUGAGCAGUGGGACACAUCCAUGGUUGCUGAGUAUGGCGAUGAGAUCUUCGAGUAUAUGCAUGCUCUCGAAGAGAAGAUGAAGCCCAACGCCACAUACAUGGACCACCAGGCUGAGAUCCAGUGGUCGAUGCGAUCAGUCCUCAUGGAUUGGCUCGUUCAGGUACACAACCGCUUCACUCUACUACCUGAGACGCUUUUCCUCGCCGUCAACUACGUUGACCGCUUCCUGUCAUGCAAGGUGGUCUCACUUGGCAAGCUGCAACUAGUUGGCGCCACUGCCCUUUUCGUUGCUGCCAAGUAUGAAGAGAUCAACUGCCCGUCGGUCCAGGAGAUUGUCUACAUGGUCGACGGUGCGUACACUGCCGACGAGGUCCUCAAGGCAGAGCGUUUCAUGCUUAGCAUGCUUCAGUUCGAGCUUGGAUGGCCCGGUCCAAUGAGCUUCCUUCGCCGCAUCAGCAAAGCGGACGACUAUGACCUGGAGACUCGUACUUUGUCCAAGUACUUCUUGGAGAUUACCGUCAUGGAUGAGCGCUUCGUGGGUUGUGCCCCAAGCUUCCUCUCGGCCGGUGCUCACUGCCUCGCCCGCCUCAUGCUGAAGAAGGGUGACUGGUCGCAAGCGCACGUCCAUUACUCAGGAUACACACUGGGUCAGCUCCGAAAGCUCAUCUCGGUCAUCCUCGAGUGCUGUGAGAACCCUCAGAAGCACCAUGCUGCUGUGUAUGAGAAGUACACAGACAAGCGUUACAAGCGUGCUUCCGUCUUUGUCGAGACGGAGAUUUCAAAGGGCUUCUCGCUGCCUUUCUUGUCGAGGGACAGCACUGCGAGUCAAACCUGGAGGCGAAAGUGA